AUGAAUUUGACCCUCAGUUUCAAGACUUCGGCCAGUCAGAUGUGGUGCCCCAGCAGCUUGUCUGGACAUGUGCCCCCUUGUGCCCUCUACACUUGUAUGCACUUGGGUGUGACACUGAGGCUAUGCAAGGUGACCUACUCUGAUGCGACACGUGGCAUUUUUUCCGAAGCUGGCAUCAGUUGUGAAGAUGGUGGCAGCUUAGUCCUCUACAGGGAGGGGAUUGAACUUGGAAACAUCUCGCUGAAGAGCUUAAAUGACAGCGAAGAGCUCGAGAGCGAAGUUGCUCAAUGGCUCUCCGGCUCGUAUCCUAUGGAUGCUGGCGGUGCACAAGCAUGCCCUGCUCCAACAGGGCACGCCAUGGGCGAUGCCGAGCGUACCCCCGUGGCAAGCCCUGUGCCGGGUCAAACUCCUGGCGUCACGUGUGGCGCUGCCCCAAAAGGCCCCCCGCCGGGACCAAAACCGCCCUCAAGCCAACCGACAAGCACUGUGACAUUUGGCGCUGCACUGUCGGGACCACCGCCGGGACCAAAAGUGGCAGCAAGCCCCGUGCCGGGUCAAACUCCUGGCGUCAUGUGCGGUGCGGCCCCAAAAGGCCCCCCGCCCGGACCAAAACCGCCCUCAAGCCAACCGACGAGCACUGUGACAUUUGGCGCUGCGCUGUCGGGACCACCGCCGGGACCAAAAGUGGCAGCAAGCCCUGUGCCGGGUCAAACUCCUGGCGUCAUGUGCGGUGCGGCCCCAAAAGGCCCCCCGCCCGGACCAAAACCGCCCUCAAGCCAACCGACAAGCACUGUGACAUUUGGCGCUGCGCUGUCGGGACCACCGCCGGGACCAAAAGUGGCAGCAAGCCCUGUGCCGGGUCAAACUCCUGGCGUCAUGUGCGGUGCGGCCCCAAAAGGCCCCCCGCCGGGACCAAAACCGCCCUCAAGCCAACCGACAAGCACUGUGACAUUUGGCGCUGCGCUGUCGGGACCACCGCCGGGACCAAAAGUGGCAGCAAGCCCUGUGCCGGGUCAAACUCCUGGCGUCACGUGUGGCGCUGCCCCAAAAGGCCCCCCGCCGGGACCCAAACCUCCAUCAAGCCAACCGGCAAGCACUGUGACAUUUGGCGCUGCGCUGGCAGGACCACCGCCGGGACCAAAAGCUGCAGGAAGCCCUGUGCCGGGUCAAACUCCUGGUCCUGCUCGGUGCGAAGCGAAAGGGGACGAAGCUGCCGACUUGGUGGACGAUGCAGAUAUCAGGGCACAUGCGCCAGACUGCCAUCAAGUUACCAAGCUUAUCUCGAUGCACCUCCGGCUUAUGGAAGCGCUGAAAAUAUUGAUGGGAUCGGCUGCGGGCUGGGGCGGCGGGGCCUGCACCGUCUGCUCCCACACACCCGUCGCCUACAAAAAGUACGGACCGGCGGUGGAGUGA